UUGAGGAGUGUUUGAGGAAAGCCUUGCGCAGCCCAAACUAACGGGUCCAUCAGACCUAGUACCUGAGCGCCUCAGGGUUCGCAUAGUGUCCAGCGUAGGCAUUCCUAAAAUCGAUAAAUUAUGAGCCAUCCUAAAUUCGAUAGUCAGGAAUCCGCGCCGUACCAACAGGGCGCGAUGUGGGUGCUUACUGGCUGCUCACGGCUUGCCCUUGUUAACUGUAAUAACAACAACAACAAUGGCAGUAGUGAUGAUGAGAAUGAUGGUAACGGUAACGCCCAGCCUGGUGAACAUGAAACCCCUGCUGCAUACAACCCAGAGCAAAACCCUGGUCAGGAAGAUACUGAAUCUGACAAUGCAGAUCAGGCAGAAGGUAAUGGUGCCUUUGGCACAGAAGGUGCACAAGAUCAAGGUCAAGGAGAUGAUAGUCCUCCACCAGGAGAAGCUCAAGAAGAAGAACCACCUCAAGAAAGUCCAUCCAUUGAGGUAACUCCUCCAGAAGACAGCCCUCCUCAGCAAGAUGUCUUUGAGGAGGAAACUCAACCGAAGGAACCAGAAGGACCCAUCAUUGAGAUGGCACCAAGCCCUACGGUUGAAGACACGGGGAUAGAACAAGCCAUGGAGGCAGAAGAGGGCCCCUCAGAGCAGUUCACAGAGCUGCCUUUGUCUACAGACGCUCCUUUAGAACCAAUUCGAACUCCUGUUGUCGAGGAGCCUGAAGAGGAACAACCUGCAGAGUAUGAGGAAGCCGAAGAUGCUCUGAUUGACUUUGACCUCCCCAGUCCACCUCCUGAAAAGGUGUCCCCUGAUGAGCACAGGGGAGUAUCUCCUAGCAAGGAGGCAACUCCAGAGGAAAGACCUGUUUCUCCCAGAGCAACAUCUCCUGGAGAAGAAGCUGUUCCUCUGGAGAGGCCACCUUCUCCGAUGGAAGAAGACGUCUUCGUAGAGCCUGCCUUCCCCAGCCCUGCAGAAGCUACGGGACGGCCAGAUGUCCCCACCCCACCUUAUAUGGAACAGGCUCCAAGCCCUGUGGUACCGGAUGCACUCAUGGAGGCAGUGGAACCCGAAGUUCCAGAAACACCCAUGGAACCGGACUUCCCCAGUCCUCCUUCAUAUGAAACCUUAACGGAAGACGUUGUAAGAGAUGUUCCCGUCCGUGUCGAGAAACCUAGCCAACGUACAUCGUCGGUGUUCACCAAUCCAGAUGAGCUUGAUGAAGAAGAGGUUGGAAACCCUCAUCCUUUUGCAGGAAAUCCAGGCCACAAAACUGGCAAUCCACAUCCACACAACCCUGGCAAUCCACAUCCACACAACCCUGGCACUCCUCCGCCUAUUGAGGAGAAAUCCAGCAGUCCUCAGCAAGAACAUGUAUCAGGAGGAAGGCUGGUAAAAACUGGGUCAUACAGCUCAUACCAGUAUGAGGAAAGCGUCCGUGAAGUGAGGUCCUCCACAAAGCAAACCAUCAGGGAAGUUGUGACCUCCGACGGCAAGGUGGUCUCAAAGCAAGAGUCUGAGGAAACAUCCCACGCUGAAGCGUCUCAGGCAAGAGCUAAAUCUGAAACCAGCCGGUCAGAUGGUAAGCAAACUGUAACAACAAAGAGAGAGGCAGAGGAAUCCAUGCAGGCCUUAGAGAUGCAGAAGAAAAAGAAGACCACGUCAGGCGGCGUAACAACCGUUGAGCCCACUCAGGGAAUGAGAGCAAUGGAGAUGGAGAAGAAAGCGAAGGCUUCAACCACCGUACAACAAGCGGUUGGUGCAGCAAUGGAGGUAGAACCCCCUCCACCUAUCCCUCCGUUGCCAGUGGAGAUCGGCCAAGUGACCAUAAAACAAGAACCAGGGACACUGAGGGGUAUUUCCCUCAAAGGUGUGUCCAAGUCUCGUGGCGGAGUGAAACACACCAUCAAAACCACUAAUGCCCUGAGUGAGGAAAGAUCUAGCCAAGUUACCACGUCUGCGAUGAGUGAACAAAGAUCUAGUCGUGUGACUACAUCUUCACAGAGUGAACAAAGAGCUAGUCAUGUCAGUUCUUCUUCAAUGAGUCAAGAAAGAGCUAGCCAUGUCUCUACAUCUGCAAUGACUCAAGAAAGAUCUAGUCAUGCCACUAGUUCUGCAAUGAGCCAAGAAAGAGCUAGCCAUGUUACUAGCGUCAGGGCGGCAAAAGCUGUCCAUACAGGCGUUACAAAGAAGGUGGAAAGCCAACCCAAGAUCGUUGUGGCACGUCGGACCGAAACCGUGAAGAUCCAACUCCCAAGGGGGUCCAGGGAAAGAGUGCUCCGUAUUAAGAUCCGUUUCGGUAAGAAGGACAAACCAAACCGACUUACAGCAUAUGCCUGGUCGCAACUUCGUUGGCCAGCAAUUACGGAAGUGAAAACACAGGAAGAUGUGAGUGAAGACACUAGAUACGUCUACAUCCUCCUUAAAGAAAUAUCUCCAGAUCGUGUGGCUAAGGAGUCCUGUCUCAGGGUCCAAGUGCCCCCUUUGAUCGAGCAGAGUAUCAUGAAGAUAUCGGCAGAGACAUCCCGCAUGUUGGUGCAGCAACAGAAAGUCAUCUACAAAGCUCAUGAGAGGAAGUAUGGCAGUGGGCACAAGUACAAGUUCACCGUACAACAGGCAGUGCCUCCUGAGCUAGAUGAGAGUCCUACUCUCAGUGCCAGGGAUGCAAAAUCGAUGUUUGAGAUGGCCCGAGCAGAAGAGCUGAGGCAGCGAAGGCAUGUAACCCGGCAUGAAGUCGGACAAAUGAAGGAAAUGUUCGAGCGGGGAGCCAGCGAUGCCGAGGAUUAUGAGAGAGAACCAACUCAAAUUACACGCCAAGAAGUUGGUGAGAAGAAGGAGGCCUUCGAGAGAGGAGUGAGCGAGGUUAGGAUGGCGGAGAGGGAAGAGAUCCAAGUGGCACGCCAGGACAUCGGCCAGAAGAAACAGCUCUUUGAGAAAGUUGCCGAAGGCCAUUGGGCCAGUCGAUACAUGGACUCUGACGAAGGUGGAGAAGCGCCCGAGAGACCACCUCCUCCAAGGUUUGAUGUCGGUCAGAAGAAGGAGAUCUUUGAAAAUGUUGGGCAGUCUUGGAGGAGGACCGACUCUGAAACUGAAGAGGCUCUCCAGAUGAUAACUCAGCAAGAUGUGGUGAGAAAGAGAGAGCUCUUCGAAAGGGGAAGGAGUGGAAGUGAAGAAGAAACCCCAGAAAGGCCCCCUCCUCCGAGACAGGAUGUUGGCCAAAAGGCAGAGCUGUUCGAAAAAGUCGGGCAGUCGUGGAGGAGAACCAACUCUGAAACUGAAGAGGCUCUUCAGAUGAUAACUCAGCAAGAUGUGGUGAGAAAGAGAGAGCUCUUCGAAAGGGGAAGGAGUGGUAGUGAAGAAGAAACCCCAGAGCGGCCCCCUCCUCCUAGACAGGAUGUUGGCCAGAAGGCAGAGCUGUUCGAAAAAGUCGCCGUCGGCCAGUUUGUCAGGCAAGAGGGAGAAGAGAGAGAGCGCGUGAUUCCUAUCAGGCCGCCUACGCCCUCCCAUGAAAUGAUCCAGAAGCGAGAGAUGUUCCAGCAGUUCUCACAGGGUCGUUGGAGCAGCUCUGAGACAGAAGAGAGGGAAGAGAUACAAAUCGCAGCAGGCGUAAGCACCAAGAAGGAACUGUUCGAAAAGGCCGCAGAGGCUAAAUUGCUUCCUCCACCAAGCCCCAGACGGAUGCGUAGAAGGAUUCGCUCCGACAGUUUCCGAAGAUCGAUGUCGUCGGAUGACGAAGGGACACCAGAGAGGCCGCCGCCACCGCGCCCGCCGCCUCCCGCGCCCGCCCCGCCCACUCCCUCUCCUCCUGCCUCUCCGGUAACUACAGCCCCACCGUCUCGCCCCCCACCUCCCCCCGAAGGGGAAGAAGGUGAAGACUGGAUGGCUUCAGUCUCGAAAUGUGUGGAGAUGUACGAACGGGAGGUGCAGAUCAGAGGAGAGAGAAUGAAGCUGAAGACCAUCAGGAGGGAUCCGACGCCUGUGCGCCGUCAACCUCGCUCCUGGCCUCCAACACCGCCAAGCUCUCCUGCUGAACCGAUAUCCCCCAUGCGCCGAACCCGUAGGUCGCCCUCCCCAGGACCCCCUGUGGCAGACCGUCCACGGGGAAGAGAGCCGCCACCAGUUGCAAGGAGGUUCAGAGACCGCAGCCCUGCUGUUCAUCGCGAGCACUCCUCAGAAAGGAGGCUGACAAACCUGGCCCAGAACAUCCUCUCCCAGGAGGGUUUCGAGGAGUACAGGGCGGUUCCGCAAGACACCUACCAAGUUGUGGUUGACCCCUUCCUGCAAAAGGCACAGGAGGUCACCAAGCUGCUCAGUCGGGCUGAGUAUGAGAAGGAAGCCAAAGACAGGAUGUGGCGCUACCAGGGCGGCCUCCCUGAUGAGGCAGAGGCAAGGCGUCGUGCAGAGCUCGCCAGAAUGCAGAGCGACGUCCGCUACAGAGAUUAUCCCAGGUACCUGGAAGCCAAGCCAGGCAUGGUGGCUGUUGUCGACAGGUGGAUGAUCGGGCAGAAGAAGCAAACUCACGAGCAGAGCACUGUGGAGUAUCCACGCGACCACCCAAAAGACAUGACCUGGCGACUCAAGUACCAAAGCACGCCGGACGACACCGUGACAAAGCGUGCUCAGGAGGUAACCCACAUCAGCAGUGAACUGGAAUAUCAGAAAAGGGCUAAACAAACGAAGGACCGGUACACAGCCAUCACUGAUGAGCUGCAGCUUGAGACACAAAAAGACGCUGCCAGGAUGCAGAGCUCUGUUUCCUACGUCAAAGAUCACCCCUUGGCCAUGGAAAAACGACAUGCAUACACCUCAGUGGAAGAAGACCCAAGCUCUAAGCAUGCCAAAGAUGCCUACAAAAUGUCCAGUCAGCUUGAGUACGAGAAACGGUAUAAGCAAGAAGUGCUAGGACAUGUCGGGUAUAUAGAGCUUGACACCCCUGAGCAGGAACGCAUAAGGCGCAUGAAAACUCUUCAGUCCCAACUGGAGUACCAAAAAGACUACCCCAUGGACUUUGAGAGGAGGAAGGACUACCAAUCCGUGCAUGAUGAUCCAAACACGAUCCGUGCCAAGGAAGCUACUCACCUUGCCAGCAAGGUAGAGUAUGAAUCAAGGUACCACAAGGAGAAAGACAUCUACAAGACAGUUGCUGACACCCCUGAAGGAGUCAGAGUCAAAGAUGUGGGCAAGAUGCAGAGUGAGAUUGAAUACCAGAAGCCAGACAAAGAGAGGAGACAGUACUAUCAAACUAUCACUGACGCUAAGGACAGUCAGAGACUGAAGGAGGUAGGGCACCUGCAAAGCCAGAUUGAAUACCAGAAAGACCACCCCAUGGGCUUUGAGGGAAGAAGAGACUACCAAGCAGUAUCUGACGACCCCGAAACUCUUCGCGUGAAAGACGUGACCAAGUUGUCGAGCGGAGUUGAGUACGUACGCAAAGACAAGCCCAGACGGGAGGUGUAUCAAACCGUCACAGAUGACCCUGAGGGAAAGAGAAUGAAAGAAGUGGGCAAGUUGCACAGCCAACUUGAAUACCAGAAAGACCACCCAAUGACAUUUGAGGGAAGGCAUGACUACACUGCGGUCUCGGACGACCCCGAAACUCUUCGUGUGAAAGAUGUGACUAAGAUGGCCAGCGGGUAUGAAUACCAAAGGAAAGACAAACCGCGCAGGGAGGUUUACCAAACUGUGACAGACGAUGUGGAGGCUAAGAGGAUGAAAGAAGUUGGGCAUAUGCAAAGCCAGAUAGAAUACCAGAGAGACCAUCCAAUGACUCUUGAAGGUAGGCUGGACUACACAGCUGUUGCAGAUGACCCUGAAACUCGCCGUGUCAAAGAUAUGACCAUCAUGGCUAGUGGGGUUGAGUAUGAGAGAAAGGACAAGCCAAGGAGAGAAGUGUACCAAACAGUCACCGAUGACAUGGAGUCUAAGAGGAUGAAGGAGGUUGGGAAACUACACAGCCAGGUCGAAUAUCAGAAGGACCAUCCGAUGACCCUCGAGGGUCGUCUUGACUACACGGCUGUUGCAGAUGAUCCCGAGACUCUCCGUGUCAAGGAUAUGACACUGAUGGCCAGUGGCGUUGAAUAUCAAAGGAAAGAUAAACCAAGAAGAGAAAUUUACCAAACGGUAACAGAUGAUAUGGAGUCAAACAGAAUGAAAGAAGUUGGAAAGCUUCACAGCCAAAUCGAGUACCAGAAAGAUCAUCCUAUGACACUUGAGGGCCGUCUCGAUUACACCUCAAUUGCCGAUGACCCAGAGACACGCAGGGUUAAGGAUGUUACAAUGAUGGCCAGUGGAAUCGAAUAUGAAAGGAAAGACAAGCCGCGGAGAGAGGUUUACCAAACAGUGACUGAUGAUAUGGAAUCAAAGAGAAUGAAAGAAGUUGGGCAUCUUCAAAGCCAGAUAGAGUACCAGAGAGACCAUCCGAUGACUCUUGAAGGCAGGUUGGACUACACAGCUGUUGCAGAUGACCCUGAAACCCGCAGAGUUAAGGAUAUGACUAUCAUGGCCAGUGGAAUUGAAUAUGAAAGGAAAGACAAGCCCAGGAGAGAAAUUUACCAAACGGUCACAGACGAUAUGGAAUCGAACAGGAUGAGAGAAGUUGGUAAACUGCACAGCCAAAUUGAGUAUCAAAAAGAUCAUCCAAUGACACUGGAGGGUCGUCUCGAUUACACCUCAAUUGCUGAUGACCCAGAGACCCGCAGAGUCAAGGAUGUUACCAUGAUGGCUAGCGAGAUAGAAUAUGAAAGGAAAGACAAGCCAAGAAGGGAGAUUUACCAGACUGUCACCGAUGACAUGGAGUCCAAACGAAUGAAGGAGGUUGGCAAGCUUCAUAGCCAGGUCGAAUAUCAAAAAGACCAUCCAAUGACCCUGGAAGGAAGGUUGGACUACACAGCUGUUGCGGACGAUCCGGAAACUCUGAGAGUCAAAGAUGUUACCAAGCUCUCUAGUGGUAUCGAGUACCAGAAGAAGGACAAGCCUAGGAGAGAGAUCUAUCAGUCAGUCACUGAUGAUGUUGCAACAGUGCAAGCAAAGGAUAGCCAAAGGCUGCAAAGCCAACUGGAGUAUGAGAGGCUGUAUCGUGAGAAGAAGGGUACUGGUAUCUUCACCAUGAUUGCCGAUGACAAAAAUCUUCAGCACGUCAAAGACGUGUCCAAGUUGGGAAGCCAACAGGGCUACACCAAGGACUUCCCAAUGGAGUUGGAAAAGCGUGGUGGUUACACGUCUGUUGAAGCCGAUCCCACAACCGAAAGGGCCAAAGAGGUGUACCAGUUCCAGAGUGAUGUUGAAUACCAGCGCAACUUCCGCCAGAGAAGGGGCAGCUUCACUGCCAUCACGGAUGAUGCCGCCACAAAGCACGCUCAGGAGUCUGGAAAGGUUUCGAACGAGCUAGCUUACACCAAGAACUUCCGUACACGGCGCGGAAGCUUUACCGCGGUCGUUGACACUCCGGAAGCACAGCGUGUCAAGGAGGUCAACAGGUAUCAGAGUGAACUGGAGUACAAGAAGAGGGCUCUGCAACGACGUGGAAGUUUCACUGCAGUUGUUGACGACCCUGUUACAGAGAGGGUGAAGGACUCGACAAGGCUAGCCAGUGAUACAAUUUACAAGGCAGCAGCACAUGAGAGAAAACAGGCAUACACCAUUGCUCUUGAUGACCCCAACACAGAGAGAGUUAAGAAUGUUUCAAAGAUGGUCAGCGACUUUGAGUACCAGAGAAUGUACCGUGAGAAGAGGGGAACUGGAAUCUUCACCUCCAUUGCGGAUGACCCGUUCAUAAAGCAUGCAAAAGAGACAGCAGAAUACCUCAGUUCAAACGUGUACAAGAAAGACUUCCCUGAAAACAUGGAGCGAAGGUCUGGUUACACGACCAUUGUUGAUGCAUCCGGGCUAAAACAUGCAAAGGAGGCAUCUGAGAUCCAAAGCUUGAUCAAGUACUACGAGAAGGGAAAAGAAGGGAAGUCAAAGUACACGUUGGUGACUGAUGACCCAGAGAGCAUGAGGAUGAAGGAUGUUGGGAAGAUGCAGAGCAGGAUCGAGUACGAGAAAGACUACGAGGCGUCAAAGGAUAAGUACACCAUGGUGGGAGACGAUCCACAGACGAGGAGAGUGCAGGAGAUGACCAAGUUGCAGAGCCAGUAUGAGUACCAGCGCACGUUCCUCGAGGAACGGGGUCUCGGCUGGUACACGGCAUGGCUGGAUUAUGACAAGGAGAUGGAGAGGCAGCUUGGGAUGAAGCACAUGUACAGCCAGGUGAAGUACAAGAAGGACUUCCCAGAGCAGAUGACAGGAAGAGAAGGCUACCAGAUGGUUGCAGAUGAUGUUCAGACUGUGCAUGCAUCAGAUAUGUCCAAAAUGCAGAGCAGGGUAGAAUACGAGAAAGACUAUCACGAGAAGAAGGGACUGUACACCACAACGACUGAUGAGAUGAGAGCAACGCAUGCCAAGGAAGUUGGUAAAUUGGCGAGCUCGGUGGAGUAUCCUGUUGACCACCCGAUGGAAUGGGAAAGGAGGAGAAAGUAUACUGCCGUGGCGGAUGAUCCCAAUACUCAGAGAGUCAAGGAGACAACAAAGUACCAGAGUCCGUAUGAGUAUGAAAGGGAACAUCGCAGAAAGAAGGGGCAAUACACAAUGGUCGCUGAUGACCGAGAGCAAGUGCGUGUUGUGGAGAUGAACAAGCUGCACAGUCUUGUGCAGUAUCACGAGACAUUUGAGAAAGAGAAGGGCCAGUUCACCACCGUACUGUUCGAUCCGGAAACAAAGCGAGUUGUCGAGCUGUCCAAGCUUCAGAGCAUGAAUUACUAUCAGCAAGAGUUUGAGAAGAACAAGGGCAACUACAUCACUGUCUUGUUUGACCCCGAGUCUCAGCGAUACAAGGAAGUGGGCAAACUCGCCAGUGAUGUGGAGUAUCAGAAAGAGUUCAAAGACCUCCGUGGCAAGUACACAGCCACUGCAGACACAGUUGCGACCAAACAUGCAACGGAGGCUGGCAAACUGCAAAGUCAGCUUGAAUACCAAAAGGACUUCCCGCAACAGAUGACAGAGAGGGCAGGAUACACCCCCGUAACCGACAAGGAAACCAUCCGCGUGGUCGAGAUGUCCCAGCUCCACAACCUCAUCAAGUAUCGGGAGCAAUUCGAGAAAGACAAGGACAGGUUCACAACCGUUCUGUUCGAUCCCGAGACUAAGCGUGUCGUGGAGCUUUCAAGCAUUCAGAGCGUCAUCCAAUAUGAGAAGAAAUACCAAGCAAACAAAGACAAGUACACGACUGUAAUGUUCGAUCCAGAGACCUCCCGCACGAUGGAGAUGUCGAAGCUUCAGAGCUUAAAUGAGUACCAUCUACAGUUUGAAAGAGACAAGGGUCAGUACCAGCUGGUCACUGACGAUCCUGUGUCUGAGAGGAUCAGGGAGGUGUCCCGCCACCAGAGCCAGUAUGAGUAUGUCAGGAAGUGGUUGGAAGAGAGAGGCAUCUAUCACUCAGCUCCUGAUGACAAGGAGCACAUGCGAAUCGUCGAGGUCAACAAACUUCAGAGCCUCCUGCACUACACUGAUGAGUACAAUAAGGAGAAAGGAAAGUACACCACCAUUCUAUUUGAUCCAGAAACCAAACGUGUGGUUGAGCUUUCCAAGCUACAAAGUGCAGUGCAAUAUCACGAGGAGUUUGAGAAAAACAAGGGCAAUUACAUCACAGUGUUGUUCGAUCCUGAAAGCAAGCGAUACAAGGAGGUUGGAAAGUGGCAGAGCGAUGUAGAAUAUCAGAAGGAGUUCCGUGGACUACGAGGAAAGUACACCUCUGUGGAAGAGGAUGUGCAGACCAAGAGAGCGAAGGAUGUUGGGAAGUAUCAGAGCCAGCUGGAGUACCAAAAGGAUUUCCCUCAAGAGUUUGAAGGAAGGACAGGGUACACUCCUGUUGCAGACAAGGAGACAGUCAGAGUGGUGGAGAUGUCUCAGCUUCACAGCUUGCUGAAGUAUCAGGAAGAGUUUGAGAAAGACAAGGGCAAGUACACGACGAUCCUCUUUGAUCCCGAGACCAAGAGGGUGGUUGAACUGUCCAGUAUCCAGAGCGCAAUUGCCUAUCAGAAGGAGUAUCAGAAGGACAAGGACCAGUUUACCACCAUCUUGUAUGAUCCUGAGACCCAGCGUUUCACAGAGCUGUCAAAGAUACAGAGCUUAGUAUCUUACCAUGACGAGUAUGAGAAAGAGAAGGGCAAGUACCACUCUGUUGCUGAUGACAUUGACAGCAAGAGACUCAAGGAUGUUGGCAAGUUUGCCAGCGAGACAGAAUAUCAGAAAGAAUAUCAGAAACUGAAGGCCUUCUACACAAUGGUCCCUGACAAAGAGAUGUUGAGAGUGAUAGAAAUGUCGCAGCUGCACAGUGUUGUGAAGUACCACGAAGAGUAUGAAAAGGACAAAGGAGACUUCACCACUGUCCUGUAUGAUCCAGAAACCAGGCGAGUUGUGGAACUCUCCUCAAUCCAGAGUAUCAACAAAUACCAGGAGGAAUUCGAAAAGAACAAGGGAAAAUACACCACCAUAUUGUUCGAUCCGGAGACCGAACGUGUUCAGGAGGUUGGAAAGAUACAGAGCAAUGUUGAAUACCAGAAGGCGUAUCAUGAGAUGAAGGGUAGUUACAGAACUGUAACAGAUGAUCCUGAAUCUGAACGUCUUAGGUCUGUUUCUAAGUGGCAGAGCAUGAGCGAAUAUCAGAAAGACUUCCCGUCCAAGUUCGAAGGUCGUCCAGAGUACCAGUCGUUGGCUGCCGACAAGGAAACUUUGAGAAUUGUGGAUGUUACAAAACUGCAAAGUUUGAUCAAAUACCAAGAACAGCACAAGGAUGACAUUGGCAAGUUUACCACUGUCCUAUUCGAUCCUGAGACCAAGCGUGUUCUGGAACUGUCAAAGGUGCAAAGUCUCCUCAAAUAUAAGGAAGAGUUUGAGAGUGAAAAGGGUGGAUACACAACUGUGCUGUAUGAUCCCGAAACUCAGAGGUUCAUUGACCUGUCCAGCAAGCAGAGCGAUGUUCAUUACCAUGAGCAGUAUGAAAAAGAAAAGGGCCAAUACACAUCGGUUGUUGACGAUGUUGAGACAAGGAGGCAGACAGGGAUAACUAAGGUCCAAAGCUCAGUGGUGUACCCGAAAGACUACCCGCUUCGUUACGAAGGUAGAUCGGGCUACACAACGAUCCCUGAUGACAAAGAGCUGCUGAGAGUUGUGAACCUUCAGAAAAUCCACAGUCUCAUCCGGUACAACAAGGAGUAUGAAGAUGAAAAGGGUGCUUACACCACUGUGAUGUUCGAUCCUGAAACCAAACGUCUGAUUGAGCUGUCCAAAAUCCAGAGCUUGAUCAAAUACCAGGAACAGUUCCAGAAGGAAAAGGGCAGCUUCACGACUGUUCUCUUCGAUCCUGAGACUAAACGUGCCAUCGAAGUUGGCAAGAUUCAGAGCCAGAUCCACUAUGGCCACACUCGCCUGGAGCAACAUGGACAGAAGUACCAUGCCGCCAUCGACGACCCCGAACUCAAGCGCCUCCAGGAAGUUGGAAAGUUCCAAAGCCAGGUUCUCUAUGGAGAGAUUAAGGACAAGGACGAUGCCAGCAAGGGGCGUGGCAAGUACACAACCAUCCAGCAGGAUCCAGAGAUGAAGAGACUGAAGGAGGCAAAUGCCUAUGCAUCAGAGGCUCAGGUAGCAGUGAGAAAGUUUGAUGAAAAGAAUCGGUACACCACGGUUCUGGACGAUCCAGAACUGAACCGUAUGAAGAACGUUGGCAAGUUCCAGAGUGAGCUGCAAUACAGGGACAAGAAGACCAGGAAGACUGGAGCCCGCUACACCAACGUCCUGGACGAUCCGGAAAUGAACAGAAUCAAGGGGGUGACCAAGAUGCUCAGCGAGGUGCAGUAUCGUGACCGAGAGUUAAAGGCAGGAAGAUUGACAGCAGUUACAGACGAUCUGGACACCGCGCGCGUCAAACGGAACACCAAAAUACAGAGCGAGACCCUGUACAGAAAGGACUUCAGCAAGGGCAGGGGUACUUUUACUGGUACCAAUGGCAUCAUGGACUCUAUGGAUUACGAAAGGAUCAAAAGAGCUUCCAAACUAAGUAGUGAGAAUGAGUACAGGAAGGGGAGGAAGAUAAACAUGUACAAUGCCGUCCUGGACACACCGGACAUGGCCAGAAUCAGAAACGCAACAAAGAUCUCCAGCGAGGUGAAGUACCAUGAGGACUUCGAGAAGCAGAAGGGGAAGGCGUACCACACGGUAAUCGACGACCCGGAGCUGACGCGGGUCAAGAAGAACACGGUGAUCCAGAGCAACCUGGCGUACCAGGGCGUCAAGGAGAAGCUUCAGACGAUGGAGUCGCGGCGACAGAUGAUCCCAGGGGAACACCCCAUGCCACAGCCGGCAGGGCAGCAGCUCGGAACACUGAUGGACCCCACCCACCGCAUGGAAAGCAUGAGUAUCCAGGACGGGCACGAACGCAUGAUGCAACAACAACUACAACAACAACAGGAGGAGGAGGCCCGGCACCUGGCCAGCAUGCGCAGGCAGGAGAACCCCCCUAUCUCCAUCCAAAAAAUGGAAGCCCGGAUGGCUGCUGAUGCUUCCUAUGCCCAGUUCAAGGCCAAGGGGAAGGGCAAAGUUGGAGGACGCUACAUGCCCAUCAGACUGGGCGAUCCAGGCUCCAUCUUUGAUUACGAACCCUAUCAAGGCAAGGAGGAGGCAGGAAGGGCUAUCUAUGAAAAGGACACGAAAAAGACCUUUGUUACCACUGCCACAUGGAAGCCAGCCAAGCCCAUACGCACCAUUGAAGACUUUGUGGUGGAGGAAUCCACAGAUGUCAGCGCUGCCAAAGUUGAGGAAGCCAUGGAGGCCAGAGACAAACUUACUGAGAUGGAUAUGGAGUAUGAACGCAGGCAAGGGGAGGGUCUCUCGUACGAGUACGACCCAGAGAAAUAUUCCCACCACUACUGGUCUAAGACCACAGGUGAACUGGGUGGAGUUGUCACCACCUCCGGCAUGAAGUACCGCAAGAUCGAGGACUUCCUCAACCUCAAUGCAGACUUAAUCUACACCACAGAGAACGAGUCGUCGACCAGAGAGAGCGCCUCCGAGUCGUCGGGCAUGUGGGAUUACGAUCCCGACAAGUACUGGAAAGCCAGGGGAUACAGAAUCUCUGCAGAACAACGCUACCAACAGGUCAGGCUGAAGCCAGGCAAGAUUGAAGACUACGACCCCAUGACCCAUCCUGAUGCACAGCAGCCUAAGUUUGAGGCUCCCGCUGCUGUCAGUGAACCAGAGCCAACAAUCCAGUCAGGGCAAAACGUGAUGCGCGCGGUGUUCGACUACACCGCCGCUGAGGACGACGAGAUCAGCUUCAUGGACGGUGACGUCAUUGUCAACUGCGUGAAGAUCGACGACGGGUGGAUGACCGGGACGGUGCAGCGUACCGGACAGAGCGGCAUGCUGCCGGCAAACUACGUGGAGCCCAUGUCGUAGACAGCAGCAUUCAACGCUUAAACAAAAAAGAAAAACUCCACUCGUCAAAGAAAUCACAACCUCUUCACAUACACGAUGUUAUAACAACGACAGAUUGCGGACGACCUAGCUAGCUAUGGAGCCAUACUAGCACUGCACCAUCCUUGGCAACGGAAAUAAAGUAACAGUUGCGGCGCUUUUUUGGUAAAAAAUAUGGAACUUUUUACGAGCUGAACUGUAAUCUAGAAGAUAGGUUUUGAGGAAUCUAUAAUUGCAAUGAAGAAACAGUUGAAUGUUACGAAAAAUUAGAGAAAAAUGCCAGGAUGUGAGAUCUUUUUCUACACUUAGGGCUGACCACUUCUAGCCUGGAAGAACGUCUUCCCAGUUUCACGUCUAAUGUCUAAACAAGGAGUGACAAAAACUCCUCUUUGUCUGGAUUUGAUGAAUGAGAAUGAAUGCCAGGAUUUUACUACAUAUUCCUGAUGUUUCUGGGAUUUGUAUUAUUUUAAGGACCGGAAAGUAUGUGAGAGAUUCCCCUGAAUCGGUCUAUUCCACAGGGGAACCAAACCUCAUGUUUUGCGAAACACUACAAAACGUGUAGACCUUAUUAUGUUUGGAUGGGUGUAUAACUUACCUUUCAGCCAUAGAAAUAGUAGAGGUAGAUGCAGUAACUAGUUUGAAAGCUGAACUUUAAACAUGUGCCUUUAUAUUUGUAGGACGUUAACUUUGAGUUUGAAAAUGAUCAAACGUUGUAUCACUGCAAUAGCAUUUUAUUUAUCAUUGAUCAUACGUAGGUGAUUUUGUUCGUUUUUAGUGUACUUUAUCACUAAGUCAUUGUAACUAUCGGCUUUUUGUUAGCUUUAAUCUGAAACUAGCAAGUUUGAGAGUUUGUGUAGAGUGAAUGGCCGUGAAACCUCGACUGUUGUGCAUGUAUAGACAACUAUACCUAAGUUAGGGAGUUUAUCCCUUGUAUCUAGUAACUUGAGGCUUACAUAGCAAAAAAAAACUUUGUAAGAAACAUUUCUAAGUACCGUGCCAUACUGUACUGUACCUUUCCCUUCACCAGUUCAUGGACAUUUUGCAGGGAAUGUUUUAAGAGAACUUUUUUUUUGGGUGAAACUUGUAAAAUUUCUUUGAGCGUGAGUGAACCUAUGUGAGUGCAGUAAGGUGGGGCGGAGCACAGAGCGGCUGCACACGUUCUGUGUUAAUACGCCGCGCCCCGAACAAGCAUGCGUGGUGUGUGCCUCGCUUUACCAAAGACUCUGGCGUAGUCUUGCAAUGUGAUGACAUCACCUAACACUCAUCUGCACAUCUCUAGACAAUAAAGUUAUAUCCCCUGAUGUA